CUUGUCUCCAUGGCGACGCGGCGUCUCCAGCAACAAUAGCUCGGAACGCCAGGCGGGCUGAGCGCGCUAAGGGCCCACGAUGUCCGCCCGCAGGAAAGUAGAUGUGAGACGGACCCAAGUUGGCAAGGCGCGGCGCGGCGACUGCGGCUCACUCCCCCCCGCUACCCGCGCGCAGAACGACGCGGCCCGUAGCUGCGCUCCCUCCCCAGGCCGGGCGCCCCGGGCGCAGCCGCGGCAGAGGCGCAGCGCGGGAAGAAAAAAGUGAUGACUGAACCCACUGAAGCAGUGUCAGGGAAGAACAUCACUUCAAAAAACAAUGAGAAUAAAGUCUCUCUAAAGAACACUGAAAAUAGAGUGUCUUCAAAUAAUAUUGAAAACAAAGAUACAGAAACAAAUCUACAGUCCAAGCUUUGGUCAUCUUCCUUCUUAAGAGAAAGCACAGGUGAAUCAAGCAAGGAUGCAGUCACUGAAGAGCCGGAGAAAUAUAAAGAAUAUUGCCUUAAGCAUAAUGAUGAUGAGCUGCUUGGACUAGCACACGAUGCUGAAAGUGACACUAAUGAUGAAAACAGUAACCCUAACAAGGAUACUCGUGCCCCGUUAGAGUUGAUGGCUGAAUUCCUACGAGCAGAAAUGGACCAGGACUACCAUCUGGCAAAAAAACUGUGUGAAAAGAUCCUAAUCUAUGAACCAGAAAAUCCUGAGGCCAAGGAAUUUUUCUCACUUAUUGAAGAAAUAUUGCAGAUGGAGAAAUCUCAGACUCUUGAGGAACAUGAUGAAGAUGGCGAAGAAGACAGUGGCGGUGAGAGUGGAGGAGAAAGCACUGAGGAGCCCAGUGAAGAAAGCUCUGAUGAAGGCGCGGAGGCCUGAUGAAAGGGACCGCUGCGGCUUCAUUUUAUUACAGAAGAUGGAUUUACAAAGACA